AUGGGCGAUAAGCGCAUUGCAGAUGUCAAUAUUGGGGAUUACCUUUAUGAUGCGGAAAAUCGUCCUGUGCUUUGCAUUGGUGUGGCUCCGCCCGAAGUUGGUCGUAUGAAGGAGAUCAAAUACCAGGACUUCGAUUCUCGUCAGAGUGUCACCUUCAAGCAUCUAGAGCGGGAGACUAGCCAUCUUCACCUGGACAUAUUGAGCGAUAUGUUCGAGCAGAGGAGUACGGCUGUGGAUGAGGAGCUGGAAAAGAGGAGAGGGACAAUUCUCUGA